GGCGACGAGGGCUAUACUCUCACCGGCUACGGAGAGCUCUCCUCAGACGAGCCCUUCACACUCCCGCCGUCACCCACGCAGACUAUCAAGUACCGCUAUUGUGCGUUCCGUCCGAAGGCCAAGCUCGCGCGGCUGGGGAGCAAGAGCGCGCGCUCCCGCGCGCUCGCGGGGCUUAAGACGAGCAGCAGCGCGUACCACGCCGGAUCGAACGUGAGUUUCUCUCUCGCCCACCUCCCCUCCCUCUCGUACUCACGUAUGUGCGACACGCGCGCGCAGGACGCUCUCGCGCAGCUGCUCAGCGGCGUCUCGCGCGGCUCGCCCAAGCGCGACUUCCAGGCGCUCAUGAACAAGUACCGCGAAUCCGCC